GUGAUGUGUCGCCGUGGCGUUUAUAGAUACGGAACAAUACAUUCUGAAAAUCUUUUGUUUUUCAAGCUAACCUAGCUAGCUACCCUCCGUACGUGUAGCUCCUUCGUCUGCAGAGGAAUGUUAGCGUCAAACUCUUCUCUGAACUGGAUGUUUCCAUCGGCCUUUCUUACAACCUACAUAACGUGGUGGAACGUUAAAAAUCGACUGAAAUGUUAGUGUAUUUCGUCACAAACUGAGUUCCACCAUCAGGCAGAAUGAGUCUGUUCGGCUCUCGGAACUGGCUCACGCUGCUGGUUAACGUUACCGCCCACUGUGAUGAAUUUUUGUGAGAGGCGACUGUAGAUGAUACAGUUUAAAUGUUAAAACUACUUCAUAACAAAAACUGCUUUUACGUUUGCAGUGCACCGUGACAAUAAUCGCCUCCCUCGGGCUGUAAAAUUAGUUUGUGUGGCGUCUCAUGAUGCAUUGGCUUCCACUUGCACGUCUGGCAGUAUAAAGUUGGUAGGUUUUUGAAUUGUGUUCGGUAGUGACCUGGUCUGUCCCUGUUUUCCAGAGUUCACUAGCGUCGUCAUAACUGCCAACGAACCCAGGUUGUCCAACUGAACGCUUGCGGGUAUUACCCAACAAGCUUGCUAACUAUUGGACUCUAACACUGGAUAGUUAUUGACAUGGUUGUGUUGUAAAGCUCGGUAGACUUAAGGAAGCGAUGUGAUGCUAGCAGCUGUAACUGACAGUAACUCUGCUUUUGUCCUUCAGCCAGCCGCAGCCAGUUCUCUUGUUUAAUCCAGCUGCUUUAACGUACACUCGGAGCAGAUUCGGACUCUGUCUAACGGUGCGUCACGUCAACUGCUUUAUUUCCUUUGAUUCAGACAAGUCGAUUCUUUUAUUGUGGUUAGAUACUCCAUGUUAGAUCCGCAUGAAAGCAUGGGUGUGCUUAGUGCGAAGCUAAUUAACGUUAGCAGAGCGGCUUAGCUAAGAGUGUCAGGCCCAUACAAGGAAGUUACACAUGUACAUAGUUGGCCAAGUGUUCACUUUUGGAAGUCAUUAAUAUGGGCUGGGUACUGUCACAACUGUGUAAUUGUGUGGAGUAAAUGGCCUUCACUCUGUAGCUAUCAAUUCCACACAGUAAUGUUACGCGUAUGAAUGUCCGUCGUUUUCCCAACUAAGUGGCAUGUCAGGUGGAUUACUAGCUUUCAAGUGAUGGUCUGUAAAUAUACCAGGAUGACCUGAUGACGUUAUCUGGCUUCUUUGACCUGUUCCUCCAUCAUUCCAUCUCUGUUGGCUAGGACGUCCCUCCUGCAUCUUACCUUCUGCCAACGACUGCCCCCCCUCCCACCUUGAGUCUGCUACAUCCUCUUCCUUCAAAGACCUCAAACACACUGGGAUUGAACUGAGCCAGCCCCACAGAGAGCUUCUGCCCAACAUCCUUCAUAUAGAAGAGACAAUGUAUUGCCUACAGUGGUUGCUUCCUGUGCUGCUCAUCCCCAAGCCGCUGAACCCAGCGUUGUGGUUCAACCACUCCAUGUUCAUGGGCUUCUACCUUCUCAGCUUCCUGCUGGAGAGGAAGCCCUGCACCAUCUGUGCCUUGGUCUUCCUGGCUGCCCUUUUCCUCAUCUGCUAUAGUUGCUGGGGCAACUGCUUCCUCUAUCACUGCCAGGACGCCGCACUGCCGGAUGCAGCCCACGACCCUGCUAUAGUGGGGACCUAGAGGAAACACAUAAGAGACAUCAUAAAAGGGGAAUGGGGGCUGUGAAGGGUGACUAGGCUUUGCUGGUGAGUGAUACUGCCGUGCUGUCAGGGUGGAUGGACUACUACUCUUGGGGUGGGAGAGCACUGUUGAAGGACUGCUGGAGUGGAAUAACACAGAGAGUGCUCAGCCAAAGGCAGUUUUGGGGAGAAGAAGAACCAGUUAUAGAGGAUUAUGGGGCCUGUUUUGCCAUGCUGUAAAGACAGACUUGAAUUUCAGGUUGUAGGAGGAGAGGAGGGGGAAGCAAUGUCUGAGGAGACAUUAUGUGUACUUUAAUAUAACAGGGAGAAGAAGAAGGGGAACCCAAACUUUAAAUGCUGAGGGGAAAAAGGUGUGUGGACUUCUGGAAAGAGUUUAAAUUUCAACAGCUUUCAUUCCAGCAUUUGAAUGAAAACUAGCCAAUAUAUACUCUACUUAUGACCGCUUUCAGUAUUCUAGUUCCUUUCUAUCCCUCUGAGUUGUUUACUGUCACUAAGAACAUUACUCAACACAAAAGUCACUUUCUAAAAAAACCCGUAGGUUCUUCUUUUUAGAAUGACAACGUUCUGCACCUCAAACUGCCAAAACUGACGCAGCCCUGCUGAGAUCUGCAGACGGAGUCGGAUGUUUCAGUUUUCACUACCAGCUACUCUUGCUUCUCAGUCCCAUACUGUUUAUACUUUAUAAGCCAUGUAGUGUUAAAGAAUAGGUGGCAUCUUGACACGUUUGCCUGUAGGAGCUCUUCACAGUCCAGCCUAACUGACCUGACGUCACUUUGGCUCCGCACACAUAAUGCUGUCCUCCACAGGGAGAGCACACACACACACUGGACAAUCAUUAACUAUGCUGUGAAUAAUUCCUCCUGUGCUGCAUAGCCACACAAACGCACCUUAGCAGGUGCAGUAAAACUGUCCCGUUGUUACUACCUGCUGUGCACUGCAGCUGCCCCCCUCCUCGUCUUCCCCGUCUCCUCUUCCUCCUCUCGCCUCAGAGUCUCCUCCCAUCAGAAUCACCAUCUUUCUUUUUGCGUUUUCUUCUUGUUUUUUUUCUGUUUGUUUUCUUUGUGCAUGAGUUGCUGUUAGUUAUUUUUCAAGCCUGAAUUUCACACAUGGAUUUUAAUUAAUUAAAAGAAAAUGCUGAAAGUUUCCAAAGGGUAGAGAAUCAUCUUGAUGCAUGGAUGUGUGUGUAUGAAAGGAAAAUGUAUGUCAUGUGCAAUAGGUGUGUAUUUUUUGUGAUCAUGACAUGUUAAUGAGUGUAAAAAUGUGGUGAUGAUACACAGUUUGAAUUAAUGGAUGAUCAGUAUCCAGCAACAAUAACUAAUACAGAGGGUCAAGUUUUCACUGACAUUAAAAGUUUAUUUUUCAUUAAA